AAUAUUUGAUAUUUUAUCACAUUUUCGCAUUCUUCGUUUUAUUACUUAAAAAGAUGAUUAUCGAUACGUUUAUUUACAUUGCCCCUCUAAGAGUCGCAUAUAUAUUUACAUUGGUUAUAAUGUAUGCGUAUCGUCUAAAAAUAUAUGGACGAAUGAUAUCACCGAUGACGUCAUCCUUGGUAUCGCGCUCAAAACGCAACGUUUCAGUUAGUCUCUGUCGGCCAGUGUGCAGUAACGUGUUUUCCUCAGAUCUGCUAUUAUAAAGCGAACCGAUAAUGUCCCAUUCUGUAAUGAUUAGAACACAAACAGUGACGACCAAUGCAUCAACAAUCGUCAUCAAUACGAGCUACUUAAAAACUUGGAGCGGUAUCUUAAAAUUGUUGCAAUUGGCACUGGGAAUAGUUUGUGUAGGAAUUGUUGGAAACGAAUUUAAUAAUACUUAUCGGAAAGAAGAACUUUUCUUUCUUCUCAUAACAACUACUUUUAUGAUUGGCACUUUCAUUCUUCUUCUCAGUUGUCUGACAUCUCUUUCUACUGCGUCCAUUAUAUCUAAAACUAUACAUGAACUUCUUUAUCAUUCCAUAGCAUUUGGAUUAUUACUUGCGGCUUCAUUAACGCUUAUGGUGUACGUCAAUAAUUAUAGACGUACAUAUAAUUAUGAGUUGUUAUUAGGCGCAUCUCAUUUUUCCUUGGCUGCACUAACGCCUACUAAUGACAUUCGGAUGUGUAGCGUAGUUUCCAUGACUGGUGGUGGGCGAACUUAUUCAGUGUAAUGUGUUUCCAUGGCUGCGGUAUAAUACAAGUUUUAUGCACGCAGUGAGUUUGGUUUUUAUUUCUGCAUUAGAGCUGUAUUAGAACUGAACUGAACUGAACUAGUGCAAGCCAGAACUGGGUGAGUAUAAAAUGCAGCUAGGAAAUAGAAAACGAUUUAGUGCAA